AUGCUCAGACACCACCCCAAGCCCGGGGUCCAGGUCGUUCAGGACCCCGCCGCCGCACCGGGUGCCUCACCUGUCGAGCCCGCAAAGUACGCUGCGACGAAGCGAAACCAGACUGCGCCAACUGCAGUCGUCUCCGGCUGCAAUGUGUCUACAAAAAUGUGA